CUGUUCAUUUCAGCGGAAGCAGCUGAAAAGGCGCGAAAGGAGGCGCAAGAUGAAGCCGCACGUCAGAUUGAGGAAGCACGCCGUGCCUCAGAUCUCCUCGUCGAACAGACCAAAAAAGAAGCUCAAGAAGCAGCAGACCGAAUGAUUGAAGAAGCCCAAAGAAAAGCUGAAUUUGCCGAUAAAAGAAAUUCGCAAGACUGUCAUGCACUAAUAGUAAUAAUUCUGGAUAAUGACAACGGCAAUUAUGAUAAAAACGACAAUAGUAACAAAAAUGGCGACAAUGUAGCAAUUGCGCAAGCCAGAGAUGAAGCUCGUGGUGAGGCUUUCAAGGAUCUCGAAGAGGCAAAGAUAGCUGCAGGCCUCUCUGCUGAACAGGCAAAGAAAGAAGCUGAAAAUGAAGCGAACAGAAAGAUUGAGGAAGCCAGAGCUGCAGCAGAAAAAUUGGCCAAUGAUGCACGAAAAGUGGCGCAAGAAGAAGCGAAUCGCAAGAUCCAGGAAGCAUUCGCCAGUGCGAGCGCGAAAGUUGAAACUGUGAAAAAGGAAGCAGAAGAAGAGGCCGCACGUAAGGCAGACGAAGCUAAGCGUCUUGCAGAUGAAGCUGCCGAAAAAGCACGCCAAGAAGCGCAAGAGGAAGCAGACCGUGAGAUCGAUGAGAUUCGAAAGAAAGCAGAUGAGGCAGCUGAAAACGCUAAGCGACAAGCCUAUGAGAUCAUGCAACGACAGGUUGCUGAUGCUAAAAAAGCUGCUGAGGAAGCUCGAGAACAGGCCGCGAAAGAUGCACAAGAGCAAGCUCAGCGGCAAAUUGAAGAGGCCAAACAAGCGGCAGAUAGAGCAGCUGAGCAAGCGCUAAAGGAUGCUCAGGAAAAGGCAGCCAAGGAAGCAGAGGAAGCUAAACGUGCUGCUGGUAAGGCCCAGCUUAAUGAACAUUGA